GAAUAUCACGGCUAAUGGUGAACACAAUUAUGUCGCAAAAAUCAUAUAACAUUUUAUUUUCAGUAUUUUGUUUAAUAUUAUUAUUUAUAGAAAUAAUUGAUGGCCAUCCAAAUUGCUCAUUGAAAGAGGACCCGGGUGAAUGUGAUGGCUAUAAYCCUAUGUAUGCCUAUGACAAGUCAGCAAAUGAAUGCAAAAUAUUUUUUUAUACCGGGUGUGGGGGUAAUGAUAAUAGAUUUGAUAGCAAACUCAAGUGUGAGUACUAUUGUAUCGAUAACUCGAGCGAUCAAAAUCUUAAAAUGUCAGCAAUAGGACAAAGUGAUGACCAAAAUGAAAUGAAACCGGUUUUGAAUCAAACCAAAGAAGAAUGUUUGCUUCCAGCCGUUGAAGGUCUUUGUCGAGGAUUACUCUAUCGAUGGUAUUACAGUCCAAAAGAUAAUAAAUGUCUUGAGUUUGAUUACGGCGGAUGUAAAGGCAAUCGCAAUAACUUUGAACUCGAAGAACAUUGUCUCGAGACCUGUCAGAAGUACUUCAAACCAAAUCUAACUAAAAACGAAACUAAAUUAUAAUAUAAUCUAUAAGUAUUYAUAACUUAUAAGUAUAAUACAGUA